UUAGUUAUUACAGUUCAUAUUUGACUACUACACACUUCAUUUUUGAGUUUUGAACCAACUAUUUAGAAGAACAUAUUGUAUAACAUUACAAUAAUUUAAGCAAAAGUUAACAAAAAAAAGUGAGAUUAGAAGAUGGGUUUGCAGUUAAAUGGAGCUGCUAAUUGGUGUUUGUAUGGUAAAAAUGGUAGCAAAAUCAUGAAGCAAGAAAGCAGAAGUAUGAUUAUAAGGGCAGUUACAUCUUUUGAGGAUAAUAAUGUGACUGCUACUUCUGUAAAGAUGAACCCAAUUGAUGAAGGAAAGAUCAAAUUAGGAGGGUCUGAUUUGGAAAUUACUAGGUUGGGUGUUGGUGCUUGGUCUUGGGGUGAUACCAGUUAUUGGAACAACUUUGAAUGGGAUGACAGGAAGUUGAAAGCAGCAAAGGCAGCAUUUGACACUAGUCUUGAUAAUGGUAUAACUUUCAUUGACACUGCAGAGGUGUAUGGCUCCAGGUUUUCUCUGGGUGCAAUCAAUUCCGAGACUCUCCUUGGAAGAUUUAUUAAGGAGCGGAAAGAGAAGGAUCCGAAGAUGGAUGUAGCAGUUGCAACUAAGUUUGCUGCAUUGCCAUGGAGAUUAGGACGCGAAAGUGUUGUCAAAGCCUUAAAGGAUUCUCUCAGUCGCCUAGAACUCUCGUCUGUGGAGCUGUAUCAACUACACUGGCCUGGAAUAUGGGGAAAUGAAGGGUACAUCGACGGCCUUGGUGAUGCUGUUGAGAAAGGACUCGUGAAGGCUGUUGGCGUUUCCAAUUAUAGCGAAAAGCGGCUACGUGAUGCUUAUCAGCAGCUAAAAAAGAGAGGCAUUCCGUUGGCUUCAAACCAAGUCAACUACAGCCUUAUCUACAGGAACCCAGAGGAGAACGGUGUCAAGGCUACCUGUGACGAGCUUGGGAUCACUUUGAUUGCUUAUUCACCAAUUGGUCAAGGUUCCUUGACUGGAAAGUACUCACCAGAAAAUCCACCUUCUGGUCCACGAGGCCGCAUAUAUACUCGAGAAUACCUGACCCAGCUGCAACCUCUGGUUAACAAAAUAAAAGAGAUAGGACAGAACUACGACAAAACUCCUACCCAGGUAGUUCUCAACUGGUUAAUAGCACAGGAGAAUGUAGUUCCGAUACCAGGAGCUAAAAAUGGGGAACAAGCAGCAGAAUUUGCGGGUGCACUCGGGUGGCGGCUUAGGGGCGAGGAGAUAGAGGAGCUACGUUCUUUAGCAAAAGAACUAAAGCCUAUUGUUGGUUUCCCAGUUGAGAAGUUGUAAAAAACCUAGUGGUUUCAUCAUUUAUUUGGUUUUGCAUUCGACCUACCGGUAUAUUUACAAAGUCCCGUCAAUUUAUUGCUAUCAUCUAAGCUACAAUACUAUACAUAUAUAUACUUCCUAUAUUAUUGUAAAUAAAUUUAAAUCAUGUCGAAUUA